UGGCAGUGAGCCACUCAGUGGACGCACGUAUGCAGUUGUUUGAAGCCUCUUGAUUAUGAAGAGAACUAUUGAGAAUAGUCGGAUAUAUAUCCUCAGAGCCGGAGACUUAUAGAGGGUCGCUGCCAAGUGUUUGGUGAACGAUAUCAUGCGGGUACCGUACUUUUCUGAUUUGCAACAUUGUGGCAAGAGAUGAAGAAUAACCAUCCGUCCUUUUUACCAUUAGCUCUUCCACAACCGCCAGAGAACGUACGUCCCCCUCAAGAUGGCGCACCUUUUCCUCGCUAGCACGAUCCCUGUGUCGGGCGAGGACCCGCACACCUCCAAAGGCGCCCCAACCCCCAAGAGCUCCAUGAAAACGCCUACCCUGUCCACGGCGUCCGUGGACUCGAAGACGACGACGACGACGACGACUGCGACGGCCACGCCGUCCAAAAAGGACACCAGGAAGGUCAUCGUGACCACCGUGCCGCUCAUCAACGAGCUCCAGCUGACAGCCGCCACGGGGGGCGCCGAGAUGUCGUGCUACCGCUGCACGAUCCCCUUCGGCGUCGUGGUGCUCAUCGCCGGCGUGGUGGUGACGGCGGUGGCGUACGCCUUCAACUCGCACGGCUCCACCAUCUCGGUGCUGGGCCUGGUGCUGCUGUCAGCCGGGCUGGGCCUGCUGGGCUCCAGCGCCGUGUGCUGGAGGCUGAGGAGGAGGAAGAAGAGCAGGGACAAGCGGCGGGAGAGCACGACCGCACUCAUGUUCAACCACGACGCCCUCCUGGCCUAGCCCUAACCCUAACUUGGACGACUUUCAGGGCCAGUUAAAGGGUCGGGUGUGGAUCCUGGAGACCACCCCAAUCCCCCCAAUCAUAAUUCAAUGUCCCUUUUUGGUGACCUUUGAAACAGGACCCCCAGCAGUUUGAAUCGUUUCGGGAUAGGUUGAAGAAGGAACUGUAACAUUGCGGUGAAUGUAACCGAAUAAACAGACUGAAGACUGAAGGCGAUCACGACACUAAAUGGAGCCCUCACAGCUCACUGUCACUCCUAUAUAAACUGUAAGAAGUUAUAAGGACAUGGACCAAGCUAUUUGUACUUUAGUUGACAGGCAGGGAUGUGUGAUGGACACAAGGAUUAUAAUAGCAGAAAGACUCAAAACAAUGGAUGAUUGCGGAAGGAAUAAACAACAGCUGAAGAUGAACAUUUUAUACAUUAUAAGUCAAGAAUCCAACCUAGAGAGCCCAAAAGAGUAACUAAUACUUCAUUAAUUAAAAUACCUAAU